AUGGCAUGCUUGGUGGACUACUCGUCGUCGGCCGGCGAAGAAGAUGAGGACAAGACAGCGGACGUGACGAAGCGGACCAGCCUGGAAGCGGCUGCAGCUGCACCCCCUGCAAGCCUCCCCCCACUGCCGCGGUCCUUUCAUGACAUCUACGCCGCAAAUGUCCGCACCAGCACUGCCGACUGCCCCAGCCUGCACCAGGGUCGCACUCGGGCAAUUCCCCACGUCGCCGGCCAGUGGCCGAGCCACAUCUACGUCGAGUGGUUCCCGACGUCGCCAGAGCACGCGUCUUUGGAGGCACUGCUCACUGCGGUCAUCGACGUCCUACCCCAGACGGGCAAUCCGCCCGGACGGCCGGCUGUUCACAGCCUGCUCACCAGCGAUCUCGGCGUGCCGUUGCCGCUGCACAUCAGCCUGUCGAGGCCGUUUGUGCUCCGUACGGCACAGAAGCCGACUUUCCUCGAUAGCCUCAUCGCUUCUGUGUCGUCGUCGCGUGUUGUGCCAUCUUACGUCGGCUUCAAUGGCCUCGACUGGUAUCGCAGCCCCGACUCGGCUCGCGCAUUUCUGGUGCUUCGGGUUGCGGUCACCGACAAGGCCGCUGUGGCUGACGUAAGCAAAAGCAGGGGCCGCGGCCACAACCACCCGCUGGUGUCUCUGCUGGCGCGGUGCAACAGCCAGGUUGCAUCUGUGGGCCAGCCAACCCUGUACGGGCAGAGCACCGCCUCCGAAAGCGACGAGGACGACACCGUCGCCUUCGCCUUUCACGUCUCCGUCGCCUGGACAUUGGCAGAUGACAUUCAUGCCUGGGUAAAGCUGACCGAACAGGCUUAUGGCACGUGGCAGCAGAACCAACGCAAGGAAAGCAAGGAACCGCUACACUUUAACGUCGAUAGCGUCAAGAUCAAGAUCGGCAACAUCGUGUCAGACAUCCCACUGGCAGCCAGCGAGCGGCGAGCUAAGAGGGCACGAACAAAUACAGGGCCCAAUCACGGGCCAAGAAAGAAGCUUUCUGGCCUAUAUUGA